AUGAGCGACUACAAAAGCCUUUCUCAUCCAAUAAAGCAGAAGACUGCAAAACAGAAAAACGAACAGGAAAUCAUACACAGAGUGCAUUCCUUCAAUGGUCGUCUCCCUGUAAUUCCUAUUCCGGCGUGUUUUUCCCGGCAAAUAGAACUAAGAAACCAGAGAUGCUCGAGCGCUCAAUCGAUGGAAGGGGAGCCUGACCUUCCGGACCCACCGCCGGAAGCCAAAUUCUUCAACCCCAACACGAGCCGUCCGAUAAACAUCCAUCCGGAAUCCAUAAACCUCAGCCGCACGUUCAACACCACCUGCUCCUCAACGACUUCGUCUUCGUCGUCAUCCCCGCCGGACCUGGUCCGGCAUGUCCAAGCUGCUUUCAAGCGACAUCGUCCCUUAGGUAUGAUGCAGACAAAUGGCAUUAAGCCGAGGAGAUUCUUGGUUCCUCAGCAAGAAAGCUCAAAGGAAUCAAAUUUAGAACCUCAGUCAACAAAUGUUGCUAAAAGUAGUAAAGAUGAUAUUCUGCAGGGUCCCAGAUUGAGGGGCUCCAUUCCGCAGUCCAAGAUCAGUGGAGAAAACCAUGAAGCUGCAUCAAUCACUCCACCUUCAGAAUGGGGCACCACUGUAAAUACCAAUGAAGAAAAUCCUAAGCCAUUCCAUAUUCAGAGAGCUCAACCUGGACUUUCUGUUAGGUCUGGAGUCAAUGAUGCAGUUGCUUCAGGUGUUGAGCCUGGCAAUGCAGUAGCGGAUGUGAGACGGAAGGUUCAUUUUCCCAGUGAAAAUAUAGCCUCAUCUGGCGGGUCCGAUGACCAAAUGGCCACUGGAAUAGAUGAUUUGUUGUCUCACUUGUAUUCACUUGUGUUGACAGAAGUCGAAUGGGAUGCUGCGGGCAACCAAGUGGAUACUUCUGCAGCUGUCAACAAGCAAGACUCGAAGCAUGAUAAUUUUCAAGGCAUGGAAAUUGAUAUUAACAAUAAUUGUAUUAGAUCUGAUGGCGGGGUUUCAUCAACGUUGGCUAGAAGUAACAUGGGUGUACAUGAUCAAUUUCACCAGUUUGACAAUUAUCUGCAAAAUGAUUUGUGCAAUGCCAUGACCCAGUCAUCCGUGGUUGGGUCUUCUUGUGCCACAUCAACCCUAAUAAACGCUACAUCUGCUCCUAUGAUUAGUUCAACUACUUAUUGCUCCCAACACCAAACGGGUGGCGUGCAGCUUGAUGUUUCUGCUCAGCCACUUAGAUAUAUAACCAAGGAUACUGCUGGUGCAGGGCUAUCAACAGAUCAGUCAGCUUUAGCUUCACAGCCACCUAUCAGCUCUAAUGCUUCAUUUCCCAUUGAGGCUAAUGAUAAAUCUUCUGGCCAGUCUAAUGGGCCACGGAUUAGUUCAACACAGGAUUAUGAUCUUGACAAAGAUUCUUGUCAGAAAGAAAAUAUUUCGUCCAAAGGGAAUGUAAUUGACGUUAAAUCUCAACCUCCUUCAUCGAACGUGCCCCCACCAGAUGUGAAGUUGGAGAAUUCUAAGUCAGAAAAACAGGAAAAAGGUGGUGGUGGUGGUAAAGCAGCAUCUACAUCUCGUAGAAAAGGUUAUGAUCCCGACUUAUUUUUCAAAGUCAAUGGAAAGCUUUAUCAAAGACUGGGAAAGAUCGGUAGUGGUGGGAGUAGUGAGGUCCACAAGGUUAUAUCAUCGGAUUGCACGAUUUAUGCCUUGAAGAAGAUAAAGCUCAAAGGCCGUGACUAUGCAACGGCAUACGGGUUCUGCCAGGAAAUUCAAUACUUGAACAAGCUCAAGGGGAAGAAUAAUAUUAUUCAGCUCAUUGAUUAUGAGGUAUAUGCUUUUGAAACUGCUUUCUUUGAAUUUGAAUACCAGUUGAACAAUAUUACUUGUACCGUUUAUUUGGACUGGAAAUGCAAGCUUGUUUUAGAAUAUAUGCAAAUACGGAUAUUACUUAUGGUGUUACUGGUGACAGAUAAGACUUUGCUUCAGGAAGUGAUGGAUGGUUCCAUGAGUAACAAGGAUUCCAGGGUCAAAGACGAUGGGUAUAUCUACAUGGUACUUGAAUACGGAGAAAUUGAUUUAGCACAUAUGCUUGCUCAAAAAUGGAAGGAAUUGGAAGGUUCCGAUGAAAAUGAAAUCAUAGAUGAGAACUGGCUCCGAUUUUAUUGGCAGCAAAUACUUCUAGCAGUGAACACCAUUCACGAGGAGCGUAUCGUGCAUUCUGACCUAAAACCAGCUAAUUUUCUUCUCGUGAGAGGCUCCCUGAAGCUAAUCGAUUUCGGUAUAGCCAAGGCUAUAAUGAGCGAUACCACAAACAUUCAGCGCGACUCUCAGGUGGGAACACUAAGCUACAUGUCACCAGAGGCAUUCAUGUGCAACGAGACGGAUUCAAACGGUAACACGAUAAAAUGCGGGCGCUCGUCAGAUAUCUGGUCCCUCGGCUGCAUACUCUACCAGAUGGUCUAUGGGCGGACCCCAUUUUCCGAAUACAAGACUUUUUGGGCCAAGUUCAAGGUCAUAACAGACCCGGCCCACGAGAUAAUUUACGAGCCCGUGAAAAACCCGUGGCUUCUUGAUCUCAUGAAAAAAUGCCUUUCGUGGGACCGAAAUGCACGGUGGAGGAUCCCUGAAUUGCUCCAGCACCCUUUCCUCGUCCCAUAUAAAUUGCCCGGUUACGCUUUUGGGCGGGAAAAAAAUUGUACUUUGUUUCAGUUAAUAGCUGAGUCGAGUGCGAAUGAUGAGAAGGUUAUGAUCCUGUGUUCUCAUCUACAGGGUAUGAUGAUGAUGGAAUCGGGAUUAGAUGUGGGGUCCGAUUCAGUGGUGUCGAGGGAGGAGCUGAGGAAGUUUCUUGGUGAGGUCUCGAGUGUUUGCUCUCGGCUUCAGGAUGAGUUGGUGAGAGAAUAAAGAAACAAUAGUAUGGGAUUUGGAUUUU